AUCAGCGAUGAAGAUGAUAAUCAAAUGGUCAUUUCUGCGAGUUGUUGUGGUUAGAGUAUUAGGAUAAACUUUUUCUAUAUUUAUUGUCAGAAGCUCGUCUACUCUUUUGGACCCUUCGCCGCAAGAGAGUCGGAUUACAGUCAUUCAUGUCGUGGAUGUCAGCAGACAUGAGAAGGAUGCUUAUAGUUCUUCACUUACUUCUCUUGUGCAUGUUGAAAAUGGCUGCUUCCAAUAAGCUUGAGAUUUGUACCCCGGGUAAAGGCUACGAUUGUGCAGUCAACGCCACGUGUGUCGAUCGCCAUUGUGAUUGUGAUCUGCCUCUGAAAGGGAAUGGGUUUUUACAGUGUGUGCACCAGGAGCAGAUGCUGUGCACGGUGGCAGAGGACUUGCAAGUGACGGCCUUCCAAGGAGCCAGUGCCCACAUCUACCUUCCUUGUCGCUAUCGCAUCGCUGAGUUCUACACCCGUUACAACGGAUCUGACAUGGCCACCCACUAUUGUUUCUUUAGAGUUUCAGGCUUUAACAAAAUCAAGGACGGCCACCAACAUCUUGGUGGCUUUGAACUGAUUUUCUUCACAAUGAACAAUCUGAAGGAAGAAGGCUUCAUGAAAGGGUUCUUAAAAUUCUCUAUAGACUCGCUUGGAAUACACAGCGGCAAUGACACCCAUUAUCUUGGGGAUCUUCUGAGAUGGACUGGAAGGAUCUGAAAUUUGAGAGCAGGGUGGACGAAACAGAAGAGUUUUCAAUCUUGGAGGUCAAGCAGUGUAGUGUGACCUUAAAGUUCCGGCCACAUGAGAGUUUAUUUGCAGGUAGAAGGCGACAUCGAAUGGCUGGAAUAGUCAUCGUUGCUCCAAACGACAUCAUUGUUGAGAGAUCAGGGCUUCCAAGUUCACCUUCUUUUCCGCUGUGCGGCCUCCCCGCUAGUCAAGGAGGACAUAAUCAGACGUUUGAAGACAGGAAAGUACAGCUGGGACUCACCGUCGUG